AUGGGUACAGUUUGGUUGCGUCUAAAGACAGAUCAAAGUGAUAUUCAACCUUUCAUUAAUGCUAUUUUCUUCGGCUCCGCAUUCAUGUCUUUUAUGGCUGUCGCUUAUGUUCCUUCAUUCCUUGAGGAUCGUUCUACAUUUAUCAAGGAACGAGCAAAUGGUCUCUAUGGACCUACAGCAUUCAUGCUGUCAAAUUUCAUCAUAGGCUUACCAUAUCUAUUCCUCAUUACGUUCCUCUUCUCAGUAACGACCUAUUUUCUCAGCAACUUCCGACCCACUGGCACAGCUUUCUUCACCUGGAUAAUGUGGCUUUUCCUCGAUCUCCUCGCUGCCGAAUCGCUCGUCGUUCUUGUAUCUUCACUCUUCCCAUCUUUCGUCAUAUCUCUUGCUCUUACUGCUUUUGCAAAUGGACUCUGGAUGAGUGUGGGUGGAUUUUUGGUACCUCCACAUAUUCUCAAUGUGUUUUGGAGAUACGUUUUUCAUUACAUUGAUUAUCAAACAUAUGUAUUCCAAGGAAUGAUGGUGAACGAAUUUUCAGAAAGAGAAUAUUCCUGUGGAAGUUCUUGUCACUGCAUGUACAUCACCGAUCUCGCACCGCAAUGUAAAAUUAGCGGAAAAGGAGUUUUGGAUCAAUAUGGAUACAAGACUGGCAAGACUGGUGAAUGGGUGCGAGGAUUGUCUAUAUUUGUAUCCUUACUCGAGUCCGGAACUCGAGGGCAAAAUAUUCCCUGA